AUGGCAGACCUCGACGAAGAUGUCAUCCACCACCCUCCGUCCAGCGACUCCGCGCCGCAGGCCGAAAUCGAUCUCUCGGACGAAAUGCAAGACUUCCGCUUUUUGAACAGUCUCAGUCUAGUCGACACCUCACAAUCCUCCCUCCCCCGCCGCGGCGAAAAAGACUUUGAGCCCAAUCCGACAAUGCUACAAUCCGAUAUUCUCGCUGCGUCGCGGCAGGCAAUGUACACUGCCAUUUCGCAUCCGCGAUUACAUGCUGAGAAAUCUCUUUGUGUGGGGAUAUAUGCGCCGGAGGGACCUACACUGUUACCUACCGAAGCGAACAAUCAAGAAGACGCUCAGGCGAGCGUAGGAGACAAAUGCGCAACGAAACGUACAAUCAAAGAUCCCAUGGCCGGCAUUCCAUCCGAUGCAUGCGUCUGCGUGCCCCAGCCCAGAGGCCCGUUCUUCAAAACAAUGGGUAGAGCAGAUCGGUGGAAUAGAGUGUGGCUAUUGCCCGAAGAAGCGAUCUAUCUCGUUGAAAGAGGGUCGUUGUACCUAAAAUGGCCAAGCACAAUUACAGCGCCUGUCCGGGUUGACAUUGAGGAAGAAAUGGAUGUUCCGAUGAGUCUGGAGGCGGCGUAUGCGUGUAUGAUGGGACAUGCGGGAUUGACGUUGGAUCGAUAUGUGGUUUAUAGUGGGUUGAAGAGGAAUGGGUAUACGGUUGUAAGGGCCCCAUCAUGGUACGGUACGGUGGAGGAGCCGGAGCAUGGGAUUAAUGAUGAUAUUGCUUCUGCUGGUUCAUAUCUCAAGGGUGUAUCUGCUUGCUGGAGCAGGUUUUAUGAAUCUAUUGCUGGCAUGCUGGAAAAGGACAAUUCGGCGCAGGGUCCUUUGAUUGGUGUUUCGACACCGAGAAACUAUAAUGCUCUCUAUCGAAAACUGGCUUUGAUCCCCGCCCACAAUGCAGCAGUCCCCAAGCCCGAACGAAAAUCAACAGAAGCCCCCUUCCAAUUCACAUACUACAUCUACAAACCCUCCACUCCCUAUAAAAUAUCCGCCCCUCAAGCCCCCGACUUCCGCAUCGCAGUUGUUGAUGCACGCAGCCACACUUCAAUCCCGACAAUGCGCCAACUAAGCGCCCUCAUCGAAUCAAGUCCCUACGAACCCCCUCGCGGCGAAAAGAUGGAGCGGAAUCUCUACAGUCGUCUACGGCAGGGGUAUCGUAGCGCUAUUAUGGCGAUUGUGGAUCAGGGGGUUGUUAGUUAUUUGCGGUUUGCGGAUGCGGGAUUUUCGAGAGAAAAAAUUUAUGAGAGUCAGGGGCCGCCUCGGGGGGGCAUCGGCUACGCCAUCGCCGAACGCUUCCUUGCCGAAGGAGCCAGCAAAGUAAUCCUCAUCGGGCGCCGGCACGAAAAGUUAAAGGAUGCUUCGAGGCGGUUGACUGAAUCAAUACUUAAACCUAUCAAUCAAACCGGGUAUGUUGCGACGCGAACUCCGGAGGAAGAUGUCGGCGAAAAGAUGACAUCGCCAGAUUCGAAAAUAGAGGUUUUGGUCGGCGAUAUCGCUGCUGCGAGUGAUUGGAUGGAUGAGCUUGAAAAGGCUAUGACAAACGUUGAUAUCCUCAUAAACGCAGCCGGAAUGUCAAACUCGAACAUCCUGCCCCGAACAUCCCCAGAACACAUCUCAGCAACACUAAGAACAAACCUCGAAGGCGCGAUCUAUACUUCUCGCGCCAUGCUCAAGGCGUGUAUACGUGCACGCUCAAAAGCAAAGAGCAAUAAAGACCAUCCCGAGAGAGAAGAGAUAUCCAAAUGCAUUAUAAACAUUUCCUCUUUGCUAGCACUGAAAGGAGUAACGGGAACAGUCACGUAUGCCGCUUCUAAAGCAGGGUUGAUCGGAUUAACGAGAUCCAUGGCUGUGGAAGCAGCUGAUAUAUUGCGCGGUGGUAAUUUGGUGCUAAGGUGUAAUGCUAUAUUACCUGGCUAUAUCGAUACGCCUAUGAUUCAAGAUUUCAGCGACGCCAAGGUCAACGAGUUACGAGCUCAAAUACCUCUAAACAGGUUCGGGGAUCCAAGAGAAGUAGCUGAUGCAGCUGUUUUUCUAGCUACUAACGAGUACGCUAAUAAUUGCGUUCUAAACCUCGAUGGCGGACUGGGCGCGGUGUGA